ACGACCAGUUACCUAUCUCAAGAUGGCGGGAUUACCUGAAACGCCUGAGAAAAGGGCACGUUUAGAAACGGAAUUUGAUAGGUUUCAUGUUUGUAGCGAUAAACAACUAUUUCGCAACGCGUACAAGAAUAUGCUGUAUAAUCGAAAGUUUGCACUUGUUUCAGAUACAAUAACAUAUUGUGAUUCAAAUGCAGAAAACGGAAUCUUGUUUUCUAAAUCAUCUUGUCAUGCAUCACGAGUGGUGAACAAACUUUAUGCCUUUGAAAGCCUCUUUAAGGAGGGAGAAAAAAUUUUGAACGAAGUAACCGAUACGGAUGGCUACAUCCCUCAAGAUGAACAGACUAAAACUCUGCUACUGCCAUUGUUGACAUUUCUUUUAGAUAAAGAGUCCCAAGAAACUCUAAGAAGUCUUUGUGCUAAAGUGGAAAAUGAAACAGAGUUAAUGAUAACUCUUGGGACUCAUCUGUUCUCAAAACUUGCAGUUUCAAAGGAUUUCACAAUGGAUAAGUAUGCAGCCAACAAAGCUUGCCUGUGCAUUUGUGGAAAGUGUGAGAGAAAGCAAGUCUAUACAUUUGAUGACACAUCAGUUGGUCACAGAAAAGUAUGGCAUGGAAAUGUGGACAUAAUACUAGAAAGCUGUGACAUUGGUGUGCAUUGUACCCCAGUAGAAGAGAGAAGUCCAGGUGCUGAAGUGAAAUUCUGUGACAUGAAUUCAUUUAUGGUCAGAGAUCAAAUACUGGCUCAGACAAUUACUUUUUCCUUUUUGCAACAACAAAGACAUCCAGCCAUGAAGCAUUUUUUGAUUCCUAGCAUUUUAGCAUCUUGCAAAGGUGUUCAAUUUUUUUUUUAUGAUUCGAGGAAUGAUAUUUUACUUGAAAGUAGACCUUUUGAAUUUUUUUAUCCCGAUUCUGAGGAAAAACUACUAAACUACCAAGCUGUUAUUGCUAUCUGGUUGGUAUUAAACUAUAAAUAUCUGUGUUCAGGACCUACCAAAAGUAUUCUUGAUGCUCCAAAAGCAAACUUCCCAAGGUUUGCUGGAGAUGCCCUAGAGAUCUACAAAUCACAAUUAAGAUUUCGAAAUGUGUCUGAAACUGGAGAAGAGGAAGAAUUACCAGAUGUUCUAUGGUCUAAAAUUACGAACGGAUUGUACGAUGACGUACCUCUAGAAAAGGACUGAUAUUCCCACCAGUUGAUAAAUUACAGGUCAUAGCCAGUUUAAAAUAACAUUUAAUAUUGACACCUUUAAAUAUUUUUGACCUCCUUCGUUCCACUGAAAACAGUGGCAGAAACAGUAACCAUUAGAUAGGUUGAGUCUUGAGGAUUGUUAGAUCUCCGGUCCCAUGUUCACAAAGGAUCAAUUUUCAGGAACAGGAUCAAGCUCAAAUAUGUUUUCAUUUAGAUUUCCGAAAAAUGUUAGGUAAAGCUAAAUUAUUUCAUGAUGUGUGAUAGAUAUCAAUAUUUCCUUAAAUUUUAAAGUCUGUAAAAUAUAAUUGAUACUCAUUUAGAAAAAUAGUGUGAUUUAUAGAUUUAAUCCAGCUUAAGAUAUUUGAUCCUGAUAAUAUCUAGAUCAUUUUUAGGCUCAAGUACAUAUAUUCACUUUUCCAAAAGAAAAGUAAUGUUUUGAAUGGGUCCAACAUGUAAACUAGAAGAUGUUUAGGUUUUCUGUACAUGCUUAUGAGCAGUAUCGCAUAAAGUUCUCCAAUACUUCUGGAAAAUGGCAAAUAAAUUUGAGGAUCAAAUUUGAUCUGGAUCAGUUGAUCCUCUGUGAACACGGGGCCAGUGUUGUGUGAAAGUAACAUCCUUAACAGUUCCUUGGUAUAUCCCUUUAAGUGUUGUUCAAAGAAAUACUUGUCAUCUUUAAAAAGUAAUUAUUUGACUGUUUCAAACAAUUUUUUUAUGAAUAACCCUGUAUCAAAGUUGUUCAUAUUAUGCUGGCAUGGCAAAAAGCAUAACACUGAGGUCUGGUGUCAUGUCUUCUUUUCCUUGUAUGUAUAUAGUAAAAUUUUCUCUUAAAGUGCUAGCCCACUUCGAAAAUAAUUUUACAAAAUGUUCAUUAUGUGACCUAAAGUUAGAUUGUUCAAAUUAUUUUAAUCAGAGGUGAACAUGGCCACUAGGUACUUGGUUAGUUUUCUGAUAUAUGGAACUCAUUUAAAAUCUUGUUUUUUGAAAGUUUAAGUCCAAUUAGACACAAACAAUAUAUAUGUUUCUUUGUUUCUUCUGUGACUCUAACAAGUUGAUCUUAAUAUUCAGGGUUCGAUACUAACUUUUUCCCCAGGGAUCCCCACAAAACCCCCAAUCUUUUGUUUCAUGGUGCCCACCUCAAGAUUAGGGAGUCCUCCAAAGAAAUGGUCAAUAAUAAAGACAUUUUCAAUAUUUAUAACACACAGUUAAAAUUAUAUUAAGUCAAGGGGUGCAGGUUAAAAUGUACCCAAACCAAAAUGUACCCACACGGUAGUCAAAAUGUACCCACAUGGUAGUCAAAAUGUACCCACCUGACUAAGUCAAAAUGUACCCAAACCAAAAUGUACCAACACGGUAGUCAAAAUGUACCCACCUGACUAAGUCAAAAUGUACCCAAACCAAAAUGUACCCACCUGACUAAGUCAAAAUGUACCCACUUACUUUGGCAUUUAGUAUUAAAAUAUCAUAUGUACCCCAAAGAUUCUGCUAGAUAUUAUUUGUUAUAUUUGAAAUAUACAUAUAUGUAAAAUAUAAAUAUAAAUAUUUGUCUAAAAACCACUCCUGUCAAUACACAGAACACAGAAGAUGAAGUGUUCUAACACCUGAAGAAGACAUUUUUAAGGUCGAAGUAAAUAUUGAGUAGGAUGGUAAAGAGAUGGUUCAUUUUGACUUCUAUGAAAUAUUAUGGGUACAUUUUGACUUCUAUGAAAAGUUUUGGGUUCAUUUGGACUUCUGUGAAAAAUUAUGGGUACAUUUUGACUUCUAGUAGUGGGUACAUUUUGACUUUUUGUGGGUACAUUUUGACUUUAUAUUAGUUCAACUCGUGACAGAUGAGCUUUUGUGAUCACUCUUCGUCCGUCCGUCCGUAUACAAUUGCUUGUGAACACACUAGAGUUCACAAUUUUGGCCUCAUCAUUAUGAAACUUGGUCACAAUGACCGCAGGGGUGCGGAAUUCCUAUGCCCGACCAAAGAUCUACACAAAUGCACCACUUUAAAAAUAAUUUUGUAUGAAAAUAUGGUAAGUAAUAAGCAGACGGACGUGAAAUUAUGGCUAAUCAAAGAUGGGCAUCAGUAGUCAUGUUAGAAGGCUUGUCGAGAAAAAAAUGACAAAAAAUAGAGUACACAUUAAAAAUUUGAUAUUUAACAUGUCGUAAUGGAAACCUUUAACUUCAACUUAUAAUGCCACAAUUGAUACGGAGGUCACUUAUGACUGGUAAAUGUUCCAUAAUUAUAGAUUUGAGGUCAGUACGUCAAACGUCCAGUGCAUGCACAAUUACCAAAAUUUAAUACUUUCUGUUCCUUGUUUUAAGGGGGGCAUUUCCUGUUCUAAGAGCUCCUGGUUUUUAGCUCGAUUAUUCGAAGAAUAGGGGAGCUAUCCUAUUUGCCCCGGCGUGAGCGUUAGCGUCACACAAAUGUUAAAGUUUGCGUACCACCCCAAAUAUUUUCAAAGUCCAUUGAGAUAUUGCUUUCAUAUUUUGCAUACUUGUUUACCAUCAUAACCCCAGUCUGUAAAAAGGAGGAGGCAACUCUGUCAAGCAUUUUGACUGAAUUAUGGCCCUUUUUCGACUUAGAAUAUGCUUAUUUAAUGUUAAAGUUUGCGUACCACCCCAAAUAUUUUCAAAGUCCAUUGAGUCUUGCUUUCAUAUUUUGCAUACUUGUUUACCAUCAUGACCCCAGUCUGUAAAAUGGAGGAGGCAACUCUAUCAAGCAUUUUGAACGAAUUAUGGCCCCUUUGCUACUUAGAAUAUGCUUAUUGUAAUGUUAAAGUUUUACUCAUAGCUUAUAUUAUACUAUCAAGCACUGAGAAUAGUCAAGCUCACUGUCAACUGACAGCUCUUGUUGUCUCUAUAAUCUGUAAACUUAGAUGUGUGCAAGAUAAAUAAUAUAUAUGAUAAAGAAUUGUUAAAUUUCAGAACUUUUAAGAACAUAUAAAUGAUAAAAAUUUCUAAUGUACAUUACACUUAAGAUAUUGUUAAAUUUCAGAACUAUAAUUAGGAGCAUAAAAAUGAUAAAUGUAUGGUAAGAUUAGUUCUAAAAUGAUAAAGCAUGCAAUCAUCUGACAAGCAUCUGACUAACUUUAAAUGUAAAACGGUUACAUACACAUGUAUUUUUGUACAUUUCACUUUGAUUUCACUUUGAUCGCAAUUUGUCAUUAAAUGAUCAGUAAUUUU